UAAGUAGGUUUGUUGUAUCUUUUUAAAUUCAAAACAUAUAAUAGCAGGGAGGAAAAAACUCUUCCUCCAUUUCAAAUUCCCUGCUCCAUGAGCGUUUGUAGGAAGGGUAGAAUAGGGAGUGUCACUUUUUUCUCUUUCCUCUGUGGAACGGGCCAACUUACCGUACACAUGCGGAUUUAAUGUAAAACAAAUGAACAUCAUUGGUUUGCCAUUCUAAAACAAGUUAUUUUCUCUGGCAUAAUAUAUAUUUUGCUAUUAUUUUAUAUCUUAGUGGCUAAAAUAUAAUGUAUUUUAAAGUUAUUCAAUGGUUCAACCUUGACCAACCCAAUUAGUCCAAUUUUUAUCAUUUCAAAUAUAUAUUAUAUAAUUAUUUGAUAUCAUAAUGAUCAAAUUAUAGUGUAUUUUAUAGGGAAUCGUUUGAUAUUUGUUAGUAAAAAAACUAAACAGAAAGAUCUAUUUGGUUAUUUUAAACAUUAAAACGAUCCUAAACAUUUUCAGUUCCUUUUGAAUUUCUAUGGUUUUAUUCCCGAAUAAGCGAUGUGCAAAUGGCGAAUUGCAGUCAUCUCUUUUCUUUCACUAUUUUUUAUUUUCAAAUAGAAAGUUUAAAAUUAAAGAAUAAUUAGGAUUUGACAUGGGUCGGUCAAACAUGCUGAAUUUCAAGUUUUGGCUCGUUUAUUUUAUGCAUUGCAAAUUUAUUAGCAUGUUGAUGGAAAUUGCUUGGAAAAAAGACAUAUAAGUUGUACCUUUGCAUAAAUGUCCUCAAAUGUUUGAAUGCUUUGCGAAUCAGGUUCCUUGACUUUUGUGAUGGUGUAUGUGCUUAAUGAUUGCUCGAUGUUGUAACUACUUAAUUUGAGAGUAAAUCUUUUGAUUUUCCCUAUGAGUUGUGAUACCAGUUCUGGUGGUUGCAGCAUGUUGUCGUUGUUGGCCUGUAAAAGUUGUUCCGUCGUGAUGCUAAAUACCUUUCUUUCUUUUUUAACAAAUUGUGUAGUAGUGCUAUGAAACAGACCACCCAUGAACGCUGCGCUUAUUAUGGUAUGUUCUUUCCGGUGGUGAGAAAUUGUGAAUUGAGAAUCAUAUUCGCCUACCGCACUGUGUCUGGCUGGUGGCUGCUUACUGUGCUCUCUAGAGUUAUGAAACAGACUACCCAUGAAUGUUACCCUUAAGAGUCCAUAACUUUGCGAAAACCUAAAUUUAGGCAAUCAAAGGUGGUGGAUGUGUGAUGAUUUUUUAUGGCUUAAUUGUUUGUGAAUUGGAUAUCUGAUCUUUGUAUGAUUAGAGGGGAUGUUUGCUUAAUAGAACAAUCCAUUUUAAUUCAUGUUUAUUUUUAACAUGAACUUUAGUAACUCAAAACCUUCGAGACACAUAUCACCUACUGCAUUGUAUCAUUUUGCCUGUGUGCUUGCUGUGUUGUCAAACUUCUUUGCUGCUGCUGCAUUUACACUAACAGGGGAGUUAAGAACCCAUGAAUGUUUCCGUUUGACACAAACAGGAGGACUUGCUUCUAAAUCGUGCACUAAAGAUGAUUGGAGGAAACAUCUCUGUUGCAGUUGAUAUACUGGAGACCAGAACAAAAGCAACGUAUAACAUCAAAACCAACCAUCUGAACUAUUAGCAAUGUUGCUUUACUCUUUUUUCGUGGUUGAGUCUCCUUCAAAAAAAUUAGUUUGAUUUUAGAAAAUUUUGCUUCUGCAGUCCUGUCUUGCCACCAACGCGUUCAGUAGAUGGAGAUGGCAGAGGCGAAGGCUAUUUUUGUGUUGUUGUUGCUGGUUUAGGGAUCGGUUUGUGAAGAAGAGGGAGAAGAGAGGGGGAAAGGGAAAUGCAGAAGAGGGGGAUAACUCUUUUCUCCGACAAAAUGGAGUGAAGAAAGGAAUUAUGAUCAGUAAGGAUAUGGUUAUCUUACAUAACAGUCUCUAUUCUGUUUGAAUUGAGCUUGGGAGGCAGUGAUAAGGACGAGCUGCAACCAAUUCAUAGUGAGAAGAGAGCUAUGAACUGUUAUCAUGUCUUAUUUCAAGUUAGAAGGUAGUUUCAGUAUAAGGAUUAUUUAAUUUGACAAGUUGUUUCGUCCAUGAUUCUUGGUAGUUUCAGUGCCAUUCUAGCAAUUGUUUAGUCUGUAAUUUUUUAGAAUUGAUGUGCGAGUAAUGACUUUCACUUAGCUUCAACUAUUAUGUGUGUAUUUAUUGGCAUGUGAUAGAAUUCUCUUUUCCUUUUCUUUGAAUUCAGUUUCAUACUCUAAUUGUAUCAUUUGUACAUAGACAAAUCAUGCUCGAGAUGACAACUAGCUUAUAUGGCUGGUGCAAGGAAUGAAGCCAUCAUUAGAAUUUAGACCGACAACGGGGAGGGAUGCCCAUGACUAAUUCAAUGAUGAUUGAUGAUGGUAUAAUAAAAACUGCAGUAUGCAUCAGCACCAAUUUCUAGGCCUAAGUAAAGUUAUUCAACCCAGAACUCUGCUCAGCGCUAAAAAUUGCCCUCACCCAACCUUGAUCCUGUUUGACCCACUUCUGAAGAGUCAAGAUAUAUGACUAAUCCUCUCCGUUCGUAUUUUCUUAUUGACUCUUUCUGACCCUUUAGGUUGGGGCGGGUCGGGAAGAAUCGGAUUAGUGGGUCGAUCCUAAUCAAGUGGAAUCCCAAUCCCUUAACUCUCACUUGCUUUCUCUCUCAUUCCACAAGUGGGUAACAUACAGUAAUCCGGCCAACAGACCGGGUAAUAAGCUAGUUUUAUUUUUAUUUCUUAAUAAAUAUUCAUUUCAUUUCCGUUUUAUUCCUUUUCUUUUCACUAUCCUUCCUCCCACUCGCGCGCGUGCACCCAAAAAAGGCCAAAAACCCUCACCAAACCUCCCCCAGCCACAACUGUACAAACUACAAAUUAUAAAAUCCCCAAUUAGAUCUCCACUCCCAACUCCCCCAAAUCUCUCCACUCCCAUUUCCCGGCCGCCGCAAAUCGCCGGAUCCACCACCUUCUCUCCCGAAAUGGCCGCCUCCACCUCCACCCUCAACGUCCCAUCCCUCAACCCCAAGCUCUCCUCCUCGCUCUCCAUCUCAUCCACCGCGCAAUUCUCCAUUUCAUCCCUCAGCCUCCGCGCCGCCCACGGCCGCGGGAGCCGCCGCUUCGUCGUCCUCGCCACCGGGGGGCUCGACGCCAAGCCCACCGUCCUGGUCGCCGAGAAGCUAGGGGCGGCCGGGCUCGAUCUCCUCAAGGAGUUCGCCAACGUGGAUUGCUCCUACAACCUGUCCCCUGAAGAGCUCAACACCAAGAUCUCGCUCUGCGACGCCCUGAUCGUGCGCAGCGGGACGAAGGUGAGCAGGGAGGUGUUCGAGUCAUCCGGAGGCAGGUUGAAGGUCGUCGGGAGGGCUGGCGUUGGGAUCGACAAUGUGGAUCUGGCUGCCGCGACGGAGCAUGGGUGUUUGGUGGUGAAUGCGCCCACGGCCAACACUGUAGCGGCGGCGGAGCAUGGGAUUGCGCUCUUGGCUGCUAUGGCCAGGAAUGUUGCUCAGGCGGAUGCCUCUGUUAAAGCAGGGAAGUGGCUAAGGAACAAAUAUGUGGGUGUCUCACUUGUUGGAAAAACACUUGCUGUCAUGGGUUUUGGAAAAGUAGGAACAGAAGUGGCUAGGCGUGCCAAGGGACUCGGAAUGCAUGUUAUUGCACACGACCCCUAUGCUCCUGCAGACCGUGCUCGUGCUAUUGGCGUGGAGCUGGUGACCUUUGAUGAAGCCAUAGCAACUGCAGAUUUCAUUUCUCUGCACAUGCCUCUUACUCCUACAACAUCAAAGAUGCUCAAUGAUGAAACGUUUGGAAAGAUGAAGAAGGGCGUUAGAAUUGUCAAUGUGGCCCGUGGAGGUGUGAUUGAUGAAGAAGCUCUGGUGAGGGCAUUGGACUCUGGAAUUGUUGCUCAGGCUGCACUUGAUGUCUUCACAAAGGAACCCCCAUCACCCGAAAGCAAAUUGGUGCAGCAUGAGAAUGUGAUCGUGACGCCUCAUCUUGGUGCUAGUACUGUUGAAGCUCAGGAAGGAGUGGCUAUUGAAAUUGCUGAAGCUGUUGUUGGAGCCUUGAAGGGUGAGCUUGCUUCUACUGCAGUCAAUGCACCCAUGGUGCCUGCCGAGGUGCUAUCAGAGCUUAAACCAUAUGUCAUACUCGCUGAGAAACUCGGUCGUUUGGCUGUCCAACUAGUAACUGGAGGAAGUGGUGUCAAAUCCGUUAAAGUGACGUAUGCUUCUGCUAGAGCCCCCGAUGACCUUGACACGAGGGUGCUGCGUGCCAUGAUCACCAAGGGCAUAAUUGAGCCCAUAUCCAGUGUCUUCGUGAACUUGGUCAAUGCAGACUUCACUGCCAAACAAAGAGGCGUGAGGAUCACUGAGGAGCGCAUCCUUCUAGAUGGAUCUCCCGAGGCACCACUGGACUCCAUCCAGGUCCAAAUCGCCAAUGUGGAAUCCAAGUUUGCCAGUGCUAUUUCUGAUACCGGAGAGAUCAGGGUCGAAGGACGUGUGAAGGAUGGGGUUCCACAUCUGACGAGGGUGGGGUCGUUCGAGGUCGAUGUCAGCUUGGAAGGCAGCAUUAUACUUUGCCGACAGGUGGACCAGCCCGGGAUGAUCGGGAAAGUGGGGAGCAUACUGGGGCAGGAGAAUGUGAAUGUCAGUUUCAUGAGCGUCGGUAGGAUCGCUCCCAGAAAGCAAGCUGUGAUGGCAAUUGGUGUGGAUGACCAGCCAAGCAAGGAGAGUCUGCAGAGGAUUGGUGAAAUCCCGGCUGUUGAGGAAAUCGUUUUCCUCAAGUUAUGAUAACUUUUCAGGCUGUUGUGAAAUUUGUGACAGUUUUGUUCCUGUGCUAUUGCUAGUAGUCCGUUGGAUUUGGGUCUCAGAGUAUGAUUGAUUGCAUGCAUUUGGUUUUUGGCUUGUUCUGUAGUCUGGUAUCUUAGGUUUAGAG